AUGACAAAGAAAUUGAAUGAUCUUGAAAAUCCAGUAUUUAUACCGGAUCCACAAUCAACUAGGAUAAAUAUCGAAAAUGGAGUAAUAGUAACAACGCAAUUACAAGAGGCAGAUGAUGAAGACGAUGAUGAUGAUAAUAUGAAUGAUUUAGGUUUUGAAAAAUUAUCUAGUGAAUGCCAGCCUAUUGGUUUAUUCGUAUUAAAAACUCGUAAACAAUUAAUUAAAAUAAUUGAAAAACAAAAAACUUUAACUAUUUAUGGUUGGAGAUUAAUCUUUAUAAUUGCUUUUCUAAUCUAUUUUGGAUUUGCUAUGAGUAAAAACUAUGGUACACCUGCUUUUCCUAUUCAUGGAAAUAUUUUUUAUGAAAAUUCUGGUUUCGCAUUAUUCUUUUUGGUAUUUUUUGCAAUAUUUGUUUUUAUAUGGGAAAAAUUUCUUAGACGUUCUAUUGAACGUAUAUAUGAAUACAUUUCAAUAUCAAUCGAAGAAAAUGAAACAUGGAUUAAAACUUGUAGUAUUAUACAUAAAUUUUCUUGGGUUGGCCAUAUCUUAACUUGUUUUGCUAUUCUUCUGUAUGUUGGAUUAACAGUAGAAAGAACUCGAAACUAUAUUUCACUUAUUGGUAUUAUCACAUUAGUUAUACUUGGUACUAUCGGUUCAAAACAUCCUGAUCGAAUUCGAUGGAAAACAAUAUUUUAUUCAUUUGUUAUUCAAUUUCUUUUGGCUACUGUUGUUAUACGUCUUAAAGUUGGUUUUCAAUUUUUUGAUUUUCUUGGAAAAGAAGUAUCAAAAUUUAUGCAGAAUGCUGAUAGUGGAGCAACGUUUGUUUUUGGAAAAACAUAUCAAGAACAUUUUUUUGUAUUUAAAGUAACUUCAAUAAUUAUUUUUCUUGGAUCUGUAAUUAAUGUUCUUUAUUAUUUGGGUGUUAUGCAAUAUAUUAUAGGAAAAAUUGCAUGGUUAAUGCAAAUAUGUUUAAAUACAACAGCAGCUGAAUCAAUGAAUGCAGCUGCAAAUAUAUUUGUUGGGCAAAGUGAAGCACCAUUAAUGAUUAUGCCUUUAAUACCAACGAUGACAACAUCAGAACUUCAUGCUGUAUUAGUAGGUGGUUUUUCAACAAUGUCAGGAUCUAUUCUUGCGACAUUUAUCUUUUUUGGUGUACCAGCCAAUCAUUUAAUUGCUGCCAGUGUUAUGGCUGCAGCGGGUGCACUUGGUUUUGCAAAACUUUUAUUACCAGAAACACAUCAUUCCAAAACAACAUGGGAAACAGUCAAGAAUACUCCAUUACCAGAACAACAUAAUGUUAUUGAUGCUUUAUUAACUGGAGCAGGAAAUACUUUAAAAAUUUGUGGUUAUUUAAUUGCAAAUUUAAUAGCAUUUAUUGGUAUUCUUCAUUUUGCUGAUAUAGUUAUAUCAUGGUUUUUUAGUCUUGUACAUCAUCCCGAAAUCAAUUUUCAAUAUUUACUUGGCUUAUUGCUUUAUCCAUUUUCAAUAAUAAUUGGUAUUCCACUUCGUGAUUGUCUUCUUUCAUCAAAAUUGAUUGGAAUAAAAAUUAGUUUGAAUGAAUUUAUUGCUUAUCAACAACUUAGUAAAAUACUUAAAUUACGUAAUGAACUUAUAUCAAAUAAUACAUUUUCAUUAUAUUUAAAUGGUACAUUAACAUUACCAAACGAUACUCCAAUGUUAUGGGAUGAUGUUUCACCAAUUAUUUUAACUUAUGCUUUAUGUGGAUUUUCUAAUUUUGGUUCAAUGGGUAUUGCAUUAGCAACACUUGGAGUUUUUGCUCCAACACGAAAACGUACUUUAACAAAAAUUGUCCCACGUGCUUUGAUUGCUAGUAUUAUGGUUUCGUUAAUGACAGCAUCGAUAGCUGGUCUACUUUAUGAUGCUCGACGUGUAACAGUACCAAUAUUAAAUCUGAAUUCUACGCAUGUCUAA